AUGGCAAGUCAUGGAGUCUCGCGCUCCGCGAUUUCAGGAGUACGUUCGGAGGAAAGCCGUCAGAAGGAGCUUCAGCAGAUUGCGGCCUACAGGGAGCUCGUAGAGCUUGUGAAUACAAAGAUUGCAGAAAGGCGGUAUACGCUUGAUGUACUGAGCCUUGUCACCAAGUUGUUACACGAGAACCCGGAGUACUACACAAUAUGGAAUCACCGUCGCCGCGUGCUUGGAGCUAUACUCGAGGCGCACGCGCAAGAAGGAGAACACCAGCAAUCAACUGAACAGCUCGGUGAAGAACUCAUAAGCGGAGAUUUACAGCUCACCUUCUCCCUGCUGCGCAAAUACCCAAAGUGCUAUUGGAUAUGGAAUCACAGAAACUGGAUCUUGAUUAAGGCCGAAGCCAUACUCAAAUCACGCACAGCCGGAGAACUGUGGUCUGGCGAGCUGCAGUUGGUGGGGAAAAUGCUCCACGCCGACAGCCGCAACUUCCACGCAUGGAGCUAUCGGCGCUUUGUGGUCGACCAGCUGGAGCGGCUCCAGUCCUUGGACGUCCACGCCAGACCCGAAUCACAUAAAGACUGGUUAGAAUCGGAAUUCGACCACACGACCAAGAUGAUCAGAACCAACCUCUCCAAUUUCUCGGCGUGGCAUAACAGAGGGAGAAUAAUUCCACAGCUACUCCGCCGCCGCGGCGCGGAUAACGCCGAGCGACGAAGGCUACUUGACGCAGAACUAGCUUUGAUUUGUACAGCGAUAAAUACAGACCCGUUCGACCAGUCAAUAUGGUACUAUCACGAAUACCUGAUGAGUACAUUAGCACCUGACUGCCCGGACGAACGCCUGAUUGCCUUGGAUCUAACCAACAAGGAGCGACAGGAAUACUACGCACACGAGAUGGAUUAUAUGCGAGAGAUUCUUGACGAUGAGCCGGACUGUAAAUGGAUAUACGAGAGGCUUCUGGAUCUAGCGACCUGCUAUUUGCAGGUGGAAGGGGGAACAAAAUCCUUCACCACCCUGGACCUGCGCAAGUGGCUGGAUCAGCUCAAAAGGAUAGAUCCGCUGCGGAAGGGACGUUGGGAGGAACUUGGAGCGAAACUCAAUAUAUAACGUCAAGCGGACAUUGUUGGUUACCGCUGCGAUUGAUCUACCCCAUUACUUGAUCCCGAUGAGUUUCUGAAUGUGGAUGUGUCGUCGCUUCCAGGUUUCUGCCAGGCCCACAGGCCGAGAAGAGAUGACAACUUUGAUCGCUCAUUUUCCUGCGGUGCUUGUGCUCUAGGCCGAAUCUCCUCACGAAGUGUAUUGUCCCUGAAUUGCGGUGCAAUUUCGCGUGCC